AUGUCUGAGAAUAAUUUUGAACAGUUUUCAGAUUCCUAUCUGUUAGAUGUUGAUAAAACCUUCGUUGGCAACGAACAGUUGAUGGAAGGUUUAUUCCAAAGAAAGGAAGUCUCUGGAUCCUUUGAUAACUCUAAAUUACCACAUCCAAUUGAGGCUUUAACCACAACUGAUUCUAGCACAUCUCCAGUACAAAAACUCGUGACUACGACACCUUCAACUCCAGCAAAUGCAGAUGAACAAUUAAAGGAUAAGUUAAAUCUUGUAGAAGAUUCAGAUUUUUUGCUAGUAAAUCAUCCAACUGAUAUUUUGAAACCGGAAACUAGUUUAUAUGGAAGCACAAGUUUAUCAGUAAAAUCAUUAUUUGGGAAUUUAUCCCUGCCAUUACUGUUUUAUAUGUUCAUUUUUGUCUUAACAAAUACCGCUCAACCACUGCUGAUUCUACUGUUAAGGAAGAAUGGAGGAACACCAGUACUUAGAAUAAUUACUCAUUUUUUUGCAGAGUGGAACCUACACAUUUCUCUUUCCAACAUAUCUGGCGAUGGUCUUCGUAGGAACAUAUCCAACAAAAAAGUCAAUCUUGUUGGUUUAGUUAUAUUUCAUAAACAAUUUAGUCAAGAAAAAUGGAGAUACCCAAUCAUCCUAUCAUUGAUGGAUAUAAUACACCAAGUUGUAGAAAAAGCUGGAUUGGUUUACUGUGGACCAUCAAUUUAUUCAAUCGCAUCUAGUACCAAUACUCUAUUCUUGGCACUAUUCUCCAAACUAAUUCUCAAGCAAACAGUUACCAGUUUAACUUGGCUGUCAAUAUCACUUAUAUCAUUUUCGCUUGCGCUAAGUGGAUACGUCCAUACAGAAUAUAUAACCUCAUUACAUAUUCUGGGAUUCUUCUUAGUAAUGCUUGCGUCCAUGGUGGUAACACACCUUCCACAGAGCGCUCUUAACUCAAUAAUUGGAGAAAUUUUACUCAAAAAGGACACAAUAGAAGGCCCUAAUCUAGUGUGUAUGAUGGGAUUAACCUCCCUCACCAUCUUCACGAUAUGGACAAUGGUUUGGACUGUACCUCAGAGAAAAACCUUAUUCGCAACUGAUAAAGAAAUAAACCCGUUUGACUUGCAAAAUGUUUUGAAGAUUCUAGGUAUACUCUUCCUGUCAAAUUUCGGAAGAUCCUCAGUAUACUACUAUAUCAUUAAAAAGUCAGGAUCAGUGUGUUGCGGAGUUCUAAAGGCGCUUAGGAUCGUACUAGUUGUCUUUGCAGACCAUUUCUUGUUCUCAUAUAUAGACGGAAGUCAGAAAAUAACCCCGGGAAAAGUAGUAGCAGCACUGAUUGUAAGUCCACAUUAA